AUUAAUAAGCAACAUAAUCGGUAAUGAAUAAGGUAUCAGUUUCACCGGUAUAUUCAUUCGAUUCAUUUCACAACAACAAAGAAUAAGAAUGUUUAAAUUGUAUAUUGCAAUUAUAUUCUCUCUAGUGAGAAGCGUAGUGUCAGAUUGUCCCAUAGCUCAAGAAUGUGUAACGGAUCUAACUCCAGAGGACUGUGAAGCAGAUCUCAUGACAUAUGUUCCCAAUUCGGUAGUAGAAGGUUGUUGUCCUGGCUGCCAGUUCAAUCCAGGUGUAAUUCCCCCGCCUGCUGUUGACGGCUGUCAAGCCCCAUCAAACUGCCUGCCGGACGGCCAGUACGCGCCAGUACAGUGCAAGGGAGAUUACUUCACGGGAAGGUGUUUCUGUUCCGAUGCAAAUGGAACAAGAAUAUUUGGACAAAUGUGGAGAAAUGAAGCGCAGGAUAUGACGUGUGCGUGCAGCCGCAGGAGGGCGGAACUAGAGGCAGCUGGGAACAGGGGUGUGACGCUCCACUGCACCCGGUCCGGGAACUACGAGCCGCUGCAGUGCGACUACGGCAUGUGUUGGUGCGCCCAGCCCAGGACCGGCCAGCCUACCACCAUACCUGUCCCGGAAUCCGAGAUCCAGCACUUAACUUGCUACAAUCCAGCAAUUCUGGGAGAACAGUACCUAAGAAGGUGUGAAAGCAUUAUUCAUGCUUUGGCCACAAUUAACAAGGAACACUCAGACCACGGCACAAACUUCCUUGGCCUUCCGACUACGUACUGUGAUUACGAUGGUAGCUACGGACCUUAUCAAAUCCGAAAUGGAAUUGCCUAUUGCACAGGACGGGAUGGUGAAAUUCUGGGAUCUUGGCAGGCCAUGUCGACUGAGAUGUCCGGAAUGAGGUGCAAUUGCGCCCGCGACUCGGCGGUAUACUUCCCCGAGGCGGGCAGGACGUUGACGGAAGUGUGCCAAGCGAACGGCAACUACCAGCCACACCAAAACGUUGGCGACGUCUACUACUGCGUGGACGCCGACGGCUACAUCACUCCCGAAGGGUUCAUGGACGCGUGGCCGGCGGACAGAUGUGCCAGUUAUGCUUAAAACUGCUUAUACCUACUAAUAUUUUUUGUACUUUUUUGUCAAUAAAUAUUAUGUUCUGUUUACUAUCAAUGAGUUAACUACUUUCAUGGAUGGUAUUUAGAAUAUAAUUUUUUUCUAGUAAAA